AUGGGCUUUAAGAAUUUGCCGUACGUUAGUAAAGCUGUGUUAGUACCCAUUUAUAUUACUGUCCUUCUAUGGAUGUUCACAGUUUAUCACUGCUGUAUAGGUCCUACAUAUCUUCCAACAUAUAUUAUGGCCAUGUGCUCAGAUUUAAAUUCAUUGACAGUUAGCUUGCUUCUAUUUGGAUUUUUUUCUCGAAUGCGUAUCAUUCAAAACGUCUUAGAAAACAAUUUCGUUCCUGUCAAUAUUGUUGGCAAAGAUCAGCUUCAGAAAAACGUAAAGAUUGUCAGAAAAUGCGUUGGUUACUACAGCAACCUGCUAGAUAGCUUCGACGCUAUUCAUACACAGUUCCAAAUUACGUUAGCAGUAUCGCUGAUCUGCCGCUUGCCGUCCUGGGUGGUUCGAUUUUAUGAUUCUGUUCAGCAGUACUUGCAAACUCAGAGUGUCCCAGUUGAUAUCGUAUCGGUGGUACUAGUUACGAUGAUGUCUUUAUUUGUGACAACUUCACCAGCUUUCGUCUCAGAAUUGAUCAGUAAUGAAAUAGACGCAAUCAAGGCGACGCUUGUUACUCAGUUGGUUCGCUGCUCAGAUCCGUCUCUCUCGUCUGAGCUGGAGGUUGCUCUGCAUUACAUCCACAUUCGGCCGUUCAAGUUCGUGAUCUGCAGAGCCGUGCCCGUCGAUAUCAACAUGCCGAUUACUAUAGUCGGUUUCUGCAUCACCUACGUCAUUGUCAUCAUGCAGUUUAUUCACUUUAGCAACUUGUAACUCAAUAUGUUACUCUUUUACAGUCUCAAUUCUUAUUCACACACGUGAUUAUUUUAGCUUCUAGCACUUGUGUAAUUCUGAUCUAUUUUUAUCUUGCAAUUGUACUAUGUCGAUUGACAUUUCUGUC